AAUAAUACAAAACACAAUUUCUACUUAUCCAUUUUUCCUUCUGUAAUCAAAAUCAAAUUCAACAAUGGGAGGAGGUUUAGCACUACAAUCUCUCUCUUCUACUUUUUCCCGCCUGAAUUUCUUACUGAAACCACCAUUACCAUACACUUCAAGAAUUAUUAGAACACAAUUUAAGCCUCAAACUCAAAAACCCACUUCAAAUUUAUUGAAACCCUGUUAUUUUAGUAGUUAUCCUUCAAAUCACAAAACAUCAAAACCCCAGUUCAGAAUUAUUGCAUCAUCAAGCAGAGAUGAUAUAGUUAUUCUGGGAAUUGAAACCAGUUGUGACGAUACUGCUGCAGCCGUGGUUCGAAGUGAUGGGAAAAUUCUAAGUCAAGUUGUGUCGUCUCAGGCAGAUUUACUUGAACAAUUUGGAGGUGUUUCUCCUAAAGAUGCCAAGGAACAACACUCGAAAGUUAUUGAUCAGGUAGUUCAAAGAGCGCUUGAUGAAGCAAAUUUGACAGAGGUAGAUCUUUCUGCAGUUGCGGUUACCAUUGGACCGGGUUUAAGUCUUUGCCUACGUGUUGGCGUGCAGAAAGCUCGCAGGAUUGCUGGAAAGUUCAAUUUACCAAUUGUUGGUGUGCAUCACAUGGAAGCUCAUGCCUUAGUUGCCAGGGUAGCUGAGAAGGAGUUGCAGUUUCCGUUUUUGACGCUUCUAAUUUCAGGAGGACAUAAUCUCCUUGUUCUUGCGCGCAAUCUUGGCCACUAUGUACAACUUGGGACCACAAUAGAUGAUGCAAUUGGCGAGGCAUAUGACAAGACAGCUAGGUUACUUGGACUUGAUAUGAGAAGAGGUGGUCCGGCUCUGGAGGAGCUUGCUCGGGAAGGCAAUGCGAAAUCAGUAAAACUUAAAGUUCCAAUGAAACACCAUAAAGAUUGCAAUUUCUCAUAUGCUGGUUUGAAGACUCAAGUACGGUUGGCAAUCGAAUCGAGUAACAUAGACAAAGACACUCCAAUUUCAUCUACAAGCUGCGAAGACAGAAGCAUACGUGCAGACAUUGCUGCUUCUUUUCAGCGAGUUGCGGUACUACAUCUCGAAGAAAGGUGUGAACGAGCAAUUGCAUGGGCAGCUGAGAUUGAACCAUCUAUCAAAUUUUUGGUGGUUUCAGGAGGAGUAGCAUCAAAUCAGUAUGUAAGGACUCGCCUUGAUCAUGUUGUAAAGAGGAACGGUUUGCAACUUGUUUGCCCCCCUCCAAGUCUUUGUACUGACAAUGGGGUAAUGAUUGCGUGGACUGGGAUCGAGCACUUCCGCCAGGGACGAUAUGAUCCACCACCUCCAGCUGAUGAACCAGAAGAUGCCGUGCUGGAUUUGCGGCCAAGGUGGCCACUGGGGGAAGAAUAUGCGGAAGGAGUAAGUAAAUCUCGCUACAUUAGAAAAGCACGGACGCAUGCAUCACUUACAUCAAUCAUCCAAGCUUCUACGCAGUAGCAAGAAUUUCAGCUGUAACGGAAAUACAAUCAAUCCCAUCUCAGAAAAUCGUGAACAUGUCUCAACUGAAAUUUAUUUCAUGGCGACAAAUAGAAACUGUGGAGGCAAAUGUCUCAUGUUGUUAUUCUUGUUGUGAAACACAAAUAGCAUGAAAUAGGGAGUUUGAGGUUUUGAUACGCAUCUUGUAAUAUACAUACACCAAUGUAAAGAUACUUAUUUUCCACAAAUAUGAUUAUCAUGACGUUUUGAAGGGCCA